CGAUGAAGCUAUGGAACGUUAUGGGUGCAUCGCUGUUUCUUCUCGGAAUAAGUUUUCCUACGGUUUGUUUGGGUGCUCACGGGAGAUAUGCUCAGAAGCUGUUGACUGAUCUGUUUUCUAACUACACUAACGCUCUCCGCCCGGUGGAAGAUACGGACCACAUCAUCAAUGUCACCCUGCAGAUCACUCUCUCGCAGAUCAUCGACAUGGAUGAGAGGAACCAGAUCCUGACCACCUACCUGUGGAUCCGUCAGGUGUGGACAGACGCCUACCUGAAGUGGAAGAAGGAGGACUAUGAUGGACUCGAUACCAUCCGCAUACCUAGUAGUUAUGUCUGGAGGCCUGAUAUAGUCCUAUACAACAGUGCCGAUGACCAGUUCUCCAGCUCCAUGGAGACCAACGUGGUGAUCAGCAGUGAGGGCCAGGUCAUGUGGGAUCAGCCGGCCAUCAGUAAGAGUUCCUGCUCAGUGGACGUGUCCUUCUUCCCCUUCGACUCCCAGCAGUGCCGGCUCACCUUCGGCUCCUGGACGCACAACGGCAACCAGAUGGACCUGGUCAACGCCCUGGACAGCGCCGACCUGGCCGACUUUGUCCCCAACGUGGAGUGGGAGGUUCUGGGCAUGCCGGCAAAGAAGAAUGUGAUCCUAUACGGAUGCUGCUCCGAUCCCUACCCUGACAUCACCUACACACUGCACCUGAAGAGACGUGCCUCCUUCUACAUCUUCAACCUGCUGAUCCCCUGCAUGAUGAUCUCCUUCCUGGCCCCGCUGGGCUUCUACCUUCCGGCCGACUCCGGGGAGAAGGUGUCCCUGGGUGUUACCGUGCUGCUGGCACUCACCGUGUUCCAGCUGCUGGUGGCCGAGAGCAUGCCCCCCUCGGAGAGCGUCCCGCUCAUAGGAAAGUACUACAUUGCCACCAUGACCAUGAUCACGGCCUCCACAGCGCUCACCAUCUUCAUCAUGAACAUCCACCACUGUGGCCCGGAGGCCCGGCCCGUGCCGGAGUGGGCGCGCCGCUUCAUCCUCCACCACCUGGCGCGGAUCUGCUUCGUCUACGAGGUGGGAGAGAACUGCCUGAGCACCGUGCCCAGGAAGCGGGCCGAGACGGAGGGCGCGCCCCCGCCCGACCCCGCUCCGCCCAGGGGAACCAGCUGGGAGGCCCAGUGUGUGUGUCAGCACCCCGCCUUGCGCAGGAACGUGGAGUACAUCGCCAACUGCUACCACGACCAGCGGGCCACGCAGAGACGCAUCGGAGAGUGGAGGAAGGUGUCCAAGGUGCUGGACCGCAUGUUCAUGUGGCUCUUCUUCAUCAUGGUCUUCCUCAUGAGCCUGCUCAUCAUGGGAAAGGCAAUCUGA